AUGGCCGUGGAUAGUACAACAAAUAACCAUGAUCAUCAGACAAAUCCCAAAUCACCCUCUCCGCAACCUACUCCGAUCGCAGAUCUCCCGACCGAAGAUGGUCCCGACGCGACGUACCGCGCCAAAGCAGACGUGCUCAACCGCGCGAUCCAAGAAAUCGGCAUGGGCCGGUAUCAAUGGCAGCUGUUCGUGGUGAUUGGAUUCGGCUGGGCGAGCGAUAAUCUAUGGCCGAUCGUGACAUCUCUAAUCCUCACGCCCCUCUCAUACGAAUUCGCCGUCUCCAAACCGCCACUCCUAACACUCGCGCAGAACAUCGGCCUCCUAGUCGGCGCCGUGUUCUGGGGCUUCGGCUGUGACAUAUUCGGGCGGCGCUGGGCAUUCAAUCUGACGAUCGGCAUCACCGCAGUCUUCGGGCUCGUGGCGGCGGGGUCGCCGAAUUUCGGCGCUGCGUCUACUUUCGCUGCGUUGUGGUCGCUCGGUGUUGGGGGGAAUUUACCGGUUGAUUCGGCGAUUUUCUUGGAAUUUUUACCGGGCUCGCACCAGUAUUUGUUGACGGUUUUGUCGGUUGAUUGGGCUUUUGCGCAGCUUUUGGCGAAUCUGGUGGCUUGGCCUUUGAUUGGGAAAAUGACCUGUGCUGAGGCGGACGGGUGCACUAAGGGUGAUAAUAUGGGAUGGAGGUAUUUUCUCAUUGCGAUGGGGGGUCUGGCUAUGGUUAUGUUCGUGUCUCGCUUCGCGUUCUUCACUAUCUACGAAUCGCCGAAAUACCUGAUGGGCAAGGGGAAGAAUGACCAAGCCGUGCAGGUUGUACAUGAGGUGGCGCGUCGUAAUGGCAAGACCUCGUCGCUGUCCCAGGCUGACCUGGAUAGUUUGGACGAAGGUGAAGCGCAUGAUCACAGCGCAACAACAAUUGUUCGACAGAGGCUGGAAAAGCUGAAGUUCAAUCACAUUCGUGCAUUAUUCGAUACGCCCAAACGUGCUUUCUCCACGACUUUGAUUGUUCUUGUCUGGGCCUUUAUUGGCCUCGGAUUCCCUCUGUACAACGCCUUCCUCCCAUAUAUCCAACAAUCUCGCGGAGCAGAAUUCGGCGACGGCUCCGUUUACAUCACCUACCGGAACUCCCUCAUUAUUUCAACGAUGGGUAUCCCCGGCUGUCUGCUGGGUGGACUUCUCGUGGAACUCCCUAAUUUCGGAAGAAAGGGCGCACUGUCAGUUUCCACGGCUCUAACAGGCGCUUUUCUUCUCGCGUCAACGACAGCGAAAACUUCGAAUGCCUUGCUGGGGUGGAACUGUGCAUUCACCUUCAUGAGCAGUCUCAUGUAUGCUGUGCUGUAUGCGUAUACGCCAGAGAUAUUCCUGACGAAAGAUCGUGGCACGGGGAAUGCCUUGACAGCAUCUGCGAAUCGCAUUUUUGGAAUUAUGGCUCCUAUCAUUGCCAUGUUUGCCAACCUUCAGACCGCCGCUCCGGUGUAUGUCAGUGGUGCAUUGUUCAUAGCGGCCGGUAUUCUGGUCGUUUUUAUGCCUUACGAGUCACGAGGGAAGGCGAGUCUUUAG